AUGCUGGCCGACGUCUCGAUCGUGUUGAAGGGGCCGGGGCACCCGCGGUUCAUGCUGGUGUCGGACCUCGAUCAUACGAUGGUCCAAAACAAGGACCCCACCCACGAGCGCCUGCUGCAGUUCAACCGCCUCUGGACGACUCACUUUGCACCAGACAGCCUGCUCGUCUUCUCCACGGGCCGCUCUCCCAACCUCUUUGCCGAGCUAUGGGACGAGGCGCCCCUGUUGACCCCCGACAUUCUCAUUUGCAGCGUCGGCACGGAGCUCUUCUACAGGCCGCCAGGUGGCGGCCCCCUGGUGCCCGAUGGCAGCUGGGAAGCUGAGCUGGACAAGGGAUGGGACAGGGCGGCGGUGCUCGACAUCGUCGCGCGGCGGCCACGCCUGCGCCCGCAGCCGAACAGUGAGCAGCGGCGCCACAAGCUGUCGUUCCACCUGGAGGCUGGCAACGUGGGCGAGGAGGAUGCGGCCAUGCUGCUGGAGGGCCUGCGGUCUGACCUGGCGGCGGCGGGGGUGGCCGCCAAGGUGGUCUACUCUGGCGGCAUCGACGUGGACGUGCUGGCACAGGGCGCGGGCAAGGGCAAGGCCCUCGAGUUUCUUCUGGCCCAGCUGCGCGGCCUCGACCGCUGGCCGCCCAGCGGCGUGCAGGUCAACGGUGACAGCGGCAACGACGCCGAGCUGUUCACCGUCCCGGGGGUGCGGGGCUGCGUGGUUGCCAACGCCCACAAAGAGCUCCUCGAGUUCUACCACCAGCAGCAGGCCCAGCAGGCUGCCGGGGAAGACGGAGGGUCAAAGCACGCCCCCCGCAUCGUCCUCGCAACCCAGCCCUGCGCCGGCGGCAUCGUGGAGGCCCUCACAGCGUUUGGCAGCAUAUCUGACGCGCAGGCCGCCGCGGCGCUCGCGUCAAGCGACGAAAUCGGCGCCGGCAGCAGCGGCCGCCCCGAGGCCGCCGCCGCGCGCGCGGCUGCCGUCGCGCUUGCGCCGCUGCAGGGGGGCGACACAGGGGCGCUGGAGGCGGCAGCGGAGGCGGGCGCAACGCGGGCGACGGCCGAGGGCGGCUUGGUGGCGCUCGGCGGCGGCGCGGCCACGGCAGCAGCAGAGGAGCCGUCGCAGGCGGGCGGCGGCAUAACAUGGGCGGAUGCAGUGGCGGUGCGGGAGGUCGGACCGGGGCUGUUUCUGGCAAACUAUCAGCUCUGGAGCUUCAAGGAGGGUUCCCGCGACAGCGGCGGCGCCCUUGCCUGCUCGGCGCUGCUGAGGGUGGUUGGCGUCAACGGCAGCCGGGAUGAUGCGGAAGGCGGGGAGGCAGCUGCCGUGAAGCUGGUGCACCUGCAUGAGGGGCCCCUUGGAUAUGAUUUGACAGCCACCAAGGCGUUCCGGGACCUGGCUGUCAGCCAGGCGGCGACCGAAUGA